AUGACAGAAAAUAAGAAGACAGGAUCAUCCAGUGUAAAAGAACAUAAUUUAGCUGAUGAAUUUCCACCACCACCACCUCCAGAUUCAUUACAAAGUACACUUGAAUUUGUUGGCUGUGCAGAAAACUUGCCACCAGUUCCCCCAAAAGAAACAUUUUCAAAGUUUUACCAACAGCGUCAAGUUAAUGAAGUGAGAAGGUUAUACAGACAUAUGCAUCCUGAACUAAGAAAGAAUUUUGAGGAGGCUUUGAAUGAGGAACUAACCGAAAUGUUAAAUGAUGAUGAUCCUGACCAUCAGACACUGGUCAACCUGGAUACAGUACUUCCUGGUGAAGUUCAGUCAAUGCGCUGGAUCUUUGAGAACUGGUCACUUGAUGCUAUUGGGGAACAACAUGCCAUGAAGAAGUUAAAGGAAGAGGAAUCCAUUGUGCAUGGAGAUGUCAAAAGUGCAUCAGUAAUGUUUGAAAACCAAACAUUUGAUACAGAUAGUUCACAGUUUUCUACUUCUACAAAGCUAUCUGAUAAUGAACAAUCCAGCAGAGGUGUUCGUAGUGCUGUGUGGUUAUUUGAAUCCCAGCCAAUGGACUCCUUAAAUAAAAUCUACUCAGAGGACAGAGACAUGCAAGAAGCAGUUCUUAAAGAAUCUGUUCAGCCAGGAGAUGUGAAAAGUGCAAGACUUUUAUUUGAGUCAUACCCGUUAGAUGCCCUUGGACGAUGUAAUUCAGUUGAAGAACACAGCCUGUUGCAGCUGCAAUCAGAAAUACAAGAAAUGAAGGGAAAUGUUAAAAGAACUGUAAAAUUAUUUCAGGCUGAACCUUUAUGUGCUAUUAGAGAUAAUUCUGGAAAUGUUCAUCAAAUCAAGACCAUAUGCAGGGAGGAAAUUCAGAGCAAUAAUGUCAAAACCGCACGUUGGCUCUUUGAAACCCAACCACUAAGCAGCAUAUGCAAAGAUAGUUCUGAGGUUAAGAUUAUCCGAGGCAUUUCUUUAGAAGAGAGUCAGAAAGGAGGUGUUGCUAAAACUAGAUGGAUGUUUGAAACACAGUCUUUAGAUACAAUUAAAGAGUUUGCAGAUGAUGAUAAUUUUUUACCUACCACUCAUGUUAUUGAAGGAGCAGAUGUAAGUAAGCAGAGAAGGAUUUUUGAGACACAACCACUAGAUUCACUGAAAGGUGAUUCACUAGAGAAUGUUUCCUGCAAAGAAGAGAUCAUUGGAGGAAAUGUGAAAUCAACACUUUGGUUAUUUGAAACACAGCCAAUGGAAAAUUUAAAAGAGAGCUUUGAAGUCGGGCAGUUAAAGCAUGUAGUUCUUAAUGAAAGUGAAAAGGGGUCUGUAAAAGAAAGAAAGCAUGUGUUUGAAACUCAGACUCUUGACAGCAUUUUUAAGGAAUCUUCUGAGCUUCAAAGUAAAAUAAGCAUGGACGAGGUUGAGAAGGGGGAUGUAAAAUUGUAUAAACAUCUUUUUGAAACACUUCCUCUGGACAGUAUUAAAGACACAGAUGGAAGUUCCAGUACACAAAACCAACAAAUACUACCUGGAAAUGUAAAAGGUAACAGAACUCUUUUUGAGACCACACCUUUGUAUGCGAUUAAAGACGGCUGUGGAAACUACCAUGAGGUAACAUCUGUAAGCCGAGAAAAAGACAUUAGUGGUGAUGUAAAGCACUGCAAGUGGAUGUUUGAAACAAAGCCACUGGACCAGUUUAAUGAUGACAUUAAAACAAUUGAAUUGAUUGAAGGCAUUACAAAACAAGAAAUUAAUUCUGGUGAUGUUAGAACAGUGAGGUGGCUUUUUGAAACCCAGCCUAUUGAUGUGAUCCAUUAUCAGAAAAAUCAGGCAGGCGAGCAUUCGUCAGCCAGAAAAGAAGUUUCACCAAAAGGUGAUGUAAAUACUUGUCGCUGGUUGUUCGAAACACAGCCUGUGGAUUCUUUAUAUGAAAAAACUGACAAUACACAGAAAGAAAAAGAAAGUAUUCCAAAAGCAAAUGUUAAAUCAUACACUUGGAUGUUUGAAACACAACCCAUGGAUACCUUGAAAGAAAGCGGAGAGCUAUAUUUGAAAGUCAGUGGGACAUAUCAAGACACUGUAAAGGGUGUGGAUGUAAAAAAUGUUAAACAUAUUUUUGAGACAGAGCCUCUUGACAGUAUAUCAUGUGACUCAAAAACUGAAAAUAUAGAAAGCUACAAAAGUGACAUUAAUAUAGAGUCAGGGACUGUGUUACAAGUUAAAAAGGACUUCCAAAAAAGUAACUUUGGUGAAGUUACCAAGUCACUCUCAGUUUACAGUCCAGAAGAUGAAAACAUUCAAGCUGGCUCUGUUCGCAGAUUUACAUGGCUCUUUGAAAACUGUCCAAUGGAUACAAUUAAAGAAGUUCCCGACAGUUCAAAACCAGCAUCCACCAUUACAGACAUUACAAGAGGUGAUGUAGGAAACAAAAGGUUUGUAUUUGAAACAUAUUCACUUGACCAGAUUCAUGAUAGAGCUGACGAGUCAGAGUUCAUAGUUAAUCAAAAAGAAACUGAAAGCAAGGGGGAUGUAAAAUGUUCUACUAUGCUAUUUGAAUCACAGCCUCUGUAUGCUAUACGAGAUAAAGAUGGACAAUACCAUGAAGUUACUACAGUAAAAAAGGAGGAAAUUAUAAAAGGUGAUGUGAAAGGUGCCAGGUGGUUAUUUGAGACAAAGCCCUUAGAUACCAUUAGACCAGAUGAUGAGAUUUUUGUCAUUAGAGCUGUCACACAAGAAGAUGUUCAGAAAGGUGAUGUUAAAGCAGCUAGAUGGAGAUUUGAGACUGAGCCUUUAGAUACCAUCAAAGAUGAACAAACGCCCAUUGUCAGGACAGUAGAUGAUAUCCAAAAGGGAGAUGUGCAGUCAAACAAGGAAAUCUUUGAGUCACAAAAAGCUUCCCAUAAAAAGUAUGUUAGAACAGUCAGUGUUAGUGAUGCUCAACAUGGAGAUGUUAGGACAUCUACAUGGCUCUUUGAAACUCAGCCAGUUGAUAAGAUAAAAGGUGAAAAUCUGGAAAAUUCCUCAGCAUCAACAGUACACAGAGAGGAUAUUCAAAAAGGAGAUGUAAAACGAUGUACUUGGCUAUUUGAAACCCAGCCACUAGACAGUUUGAAAGAUUCAGAAACAGCUAUGAAUUCCAGCACUGAAGAAAUGCCCCAUGCUGAUGUCAAAAGUACAACAUGGUUGUUUGAAACAACAUCUCUUGAUAAAGUGAAUGCUCCAUUUAAGACAGACACAAACGAGAUUAUGGUAGAAUGUACAAAAGAGUCUUUAAAGUCUCUCUAUGAUUAUAAAGUCAUUUGGUCAAACGGCAUUAUGAUUGAAACCAGUGAUGUGAAUAGUGUAAUGAUGACAAAGUAUCAGCUCAUUGGUCAAAACAUUCCAGAUAUUGUAAAGCAGGAAACUGUGAGUGGUAAUCUACAGCGACUUAUGAUGCAGGUACUCCACAGAACAAACAUGGAGCCUGAAGGGGUACUAGUUAAAGAAGAUUAUACAGGAAAUGUACAACUCACUAAACUUCCACUCCUGAAUCAAGGCGAGCCCGAGUCAUCAGAUGCAAUGGAUCAGGCUAUUCAUGCACUUUUCAAUCAAGAUGCAUUCUUUAGAAAAGGUAUUGUUCUUCAAGAAACUGCAAACGGACAUGUUCAUAUGAGUAUUUAUUCUCUCUUAAACAAGACUGAGUAUGCCUCUACCAAAGCAGAUAUUGUUCGUGGUGAUGUAAAAUCAACAAUUGGAAAUCUUCUCACUUCUUCUCAGGAGCAGAAAGCAAGUGCAACAGUAAAACGUGAAGAAAAUGAAAGAGGAAAUGUGCAUUUCUACAAAACCUGCAUUGAGCAAGGAGCCCUUGAUUAUCUGAAAAAUCUUCAUCAGGAGGAAGAGUCUGAGGAGACCUCUUCUGGACAAUUAAUAAAAGAGGAAGUUGUGCAUGGUGACAUACAGGGUGCAAAACAAAACCUAAUGCAACAGAAAGCACAGGUGGAAAAAACUGUGGCAGAUGUUGUGCCAGGUGAUGUUAAAAGUACCAAAAAAGUGUUUAUGUCAGAGAAAUGCACCAGCCAGAGCAGCUUCGAAAAAGAAGUUUUGUAUGGGGACAUUGAUGGUACAAUGCUGUCUCUCAAACAAUCUACAGAAGAGCCAAUGACAGUAGAAAAAGAAGAAAUAAUUUCUGGUGAUGUUAAGGCUGCAAUUCGAUCACUAGAAGAAGCUAAGAUUCAGUCAAGAAAGGUAAACAAAGAAAUGAUUAUCCCUGGCAAACUGACAGAUAUGAAACCUGCUUUUGAGGAAACAGAAUCUACCAAAACAAAAUCUGACAAUCUAGAGGAAACCUUAGAUGUACAGAAAAGCAGUGAUUUACAGAAAGAUGCAAAUUAUAGACAGUACACAGAGCAUGAAGAAACAGAAAAAAAUGAUCUUCAGGUAGCAAUGCAAAGUUUAAGGCAAGCUGCAGCCGAAGCCCAAAGUAUUCAUCAGCAAGUUCAAAACAAGUUUCAGAAGGGUGCCCAGAAUCAAGUAGAUGUUCCAGAUCAUGUCAGUGUGAUACAUAAGACUUGCCAGAAAAGAACAGCAGCCCCAGAAAAAUACACUUCUUCUGCAUCAGUCCAGUGCUCAUCUGUCUCAAAACAAGCAAGCAGUUUAGAUGUACAUCAAGAGUCAUCUUCAUCUUCUGGAAGUCGACAGAUGAACAGAAUACUGGGUAAAAAGGUCAGUGACACUAAAGAAAUACAAGAUUCCAUUCUGUUGUCUGACAUUUGUCAGGAAAAUAAAAUUGAAAAUUGUGCAGAUGAUAGUCUUAAAGAUGGUGUAUAUUUUGCAAAACAAGUUAACACUUUUGUAAACCCUUUUAAUAGAUCAGAGUUUAUGCAGCAGACUUUGCAAGAGGAAGCAGCACAAGAAAAUAUUGUCAAAGGGGAUGUAAAGGCUGCUAUAAAAUCUUUGCAAAGUGCUGCAACAGAACAAAAAUUAGUAGAAAAGGAGGAUGUUGUGCGGGGUAAUAUAAAGUCAGCUCUUCAGUCCUUGGAAAAGUCUAAUGUCAAUGUAUCCAAGGGUGACUUUAAAGCUGCAAUGAUAUACAAGAAUGCAGGGCGCUCAUAUCAAGCUGAUAAAAAGAAAGAGUGUACUAAUUUAGCAGAUAAUAAGGGUGUUAUAACUUCUGUUCCACAGUCUGAUAAUGACUCUCCUCCUUCCCUAGUUGUGAACAACACUGAACAUGGAUCCUCGUCUACAUUGCCAACAGAUGCGCUUGUCUCACAGACUAACAAGGAAGAAGAUGGUAAAGGAAAUCUAAAGUCUUAUUCUAAGAAAUGCGUAGCUUCUUCUUAUGAAUCUUCUGUCUUAUGUUCAUCUAAAGUAAGUCAAGAGUCGAUGCUGUCAAAUUCAGCUAUAACACCAAAAUCAGCGAGUGAUAUUAAAAAGCAGACUUCUAAAAGUGGAAUUAAACCUGCACUUCCUCCCAAACCAGCACACCUUAAAAGCAUCUCUUCUAGGCAGACCCAGUCUGAGCCGGGCAAAGCACAUGAGCCACCUGCAAACACUAAGCAGGCAUGCCACAGUAGUCCGAUACAGCCAGAAGUACAACAUAAACAUAGUGAAGUUCAAGGGCCUAUUAAAUACGAUUCUUCAAAUUGUUCAAAACAUCAACAUUUUAAGUAUGAGGUAUGUCCCUUGAGUUCCUCAUCUGUAAAUACAAAUUUGCAACACCCAGGCACAGCAAACAAACCCCAAAGAGUAACAAAAACCCCUCUUCAAAUUGCUGAAGAAAAGUACAAGAAGAGCAAGGAACAAAAUAUAACAUCUACAGCUGAUAAAACUCUGGAAAGUGAUGCAUUAAAUAAAUCUGCAAGUAAUUUAAAUAAUUCUCAAGUAGAUGAUAAUGAAGUGUUUCCAUCUUCAGAAAAAGACAUUCCUGCUGAUGAAAUCCAAGGAUCUUUAUCUUCAUACACAGAAGAAGAUGAAACAAGAAGGGAUAUUCCUUUUAAUUUUAAGACCACUUUGAACUCUUUUGAACGUUUACAGAAACAACCUUCUUUGCCAACAAGGCAGGCUAGGACAACAAAGGAGGGCUGCAGCAUCACUGAAAACAGUCAAGUAUUUCCACCACCAGACACUUCAGUAUAUACCAGUCCAACUCCACAGGACCCUUGUUAUAAUUUAAAAAAUCAGGCCACUGAAUCUAUGACUUACUCCAACUCACAAGGACAUUGCAGGGCUUCUGCUGUGGAAUCAUUUUGCCAACAGACGGAAUACCCUGUUUCACACACACAAGGCAAUAUUCAGAACCAUGCACUGUGGGCAGAUUGUGGUGAUAGAUAUACCGAGCAAGAAAAGUGCAAAACAUCAUGCAAUGAGAAUAAGGUUAUGAUGAGGGAAAAAAGGCAAAAGAGGGAGACUGAAGACGAGCGUUGGAAACGACUGUCAAUUCACAAGGAAAAGAUCCUGCAAGGAAAUGUAAAAGCAGCUAUGGAGAUCUUUGAAAAUUUAAGGAAACAAGAGGAACUGCAAAGUAUUUUGUCCAAAGUGGAGGAGCUAGAGGAAGAUACUUGUAAGGUGGAUGUAAAAGCACUGCGAAAUCUCUUUGAGAAUGUUCCAGAAUGGGUUGUAGAAACCAAACAGGUAGAUAAACAAUGGAAACCUGCAGAACAGCAGACAACUGUACACUUGGAAACAAAGAAGAAUUCUGAAAAUGUUUCAUCAGUUAAACUGGCAUUUGAAGAUCUUGAAAGGGCAAGUGAAGAAAUCAUUAACUUAAAAGAACAGACACUUGCUAGGCUUUUAGAUAUAGAAGAAGCCAUUAAAAAAGCGCUAUACUCUGUAUCAAACUUAAAGUCUGAGUCAGAUAUCGCAGGGCUUUCUGGACUUUUUAAAGAGUCUCUUAAAAUUUCCGAAGAGCCUCUGCCCACAAGUAAUGUAUCCAAAAUUAGUCCUGUCACAACCAAACCAAACCAGUCUUUGAAUUGUAAUGUGGGAGAAAGAACAACUAUCACAGUGGAGUCAGAAAUAAAGGAGCCAUUGUUAAAUGUGCAAGUGGUUCAGCCACGUGUUAACUCUCCUUCAUCACCUUCAUAUAUUUGUAUUGAAUCAGCAGCCAGAAAACCAGAUGGAGCUCCUAAAAAUACUUCUCCUCAAGGUAUAUCAUGCGAGUCACCAUCAGCUGGGUCAGGCAAAACUGCAUUAUAUGAACUGUCAAAAACUAAUAUUUCUGACAUUCCACAAUCGAGAAGUCAUUUCUCGGGAUCUAAUAAGAGGUGUCCUGAUGCUAGGGACAGCCAGACUUCAUUUGUUCCACUAACCAAAGAUCAACAAUCCAUGAGAAAAGAAUUAGAAACACCUGAAAUGUAUGGCACAAAUAACACUCAUAUAGUUUCCAAUGAACUAACAGGCAUCACUUCUGACUCUACUAAAGGAGUGAUGUCUGAUUAUGCACAAACAUUUCCAGGCAAUAGCUGUCCAAGUUCCUCAACAAGGAAACAAAAAAGUGUCCUUGAGUUCCAAACAAGACCAGCUGGUGCAGAAAAGAUUGGAACAAAGACUGUUUCUGAAAAAUAUGAAGAAACAGAUCCAUUUGGAAACAAGAUAAUCACAUCAAAAACAUCCAGGACUGUUACAAAACAGUCCGAAACAAAUACAUCAUCGACCUAUGAAGUGGUACCUUCUGCACCUCGGUACGGAUGUGAAGUCAUGACACCUCCACUUGUUAGAAGGCAUCUACAUAAUCAAGCAGAAAACUCGCAGCCUACAAGCAAAUUAAAAGAAAGUGGUUUAGUGUUUGUCACUUUUGGAAAUUCAAAGUCUGUAAAGAAAUAA